AUACUUUUUUCAUAUGUAUAUAUACAGAGAUCUGUUUACAUCUCAUUGAAAAUAUAUUUUAUCGACGCCACAAAGUCACCGGGAACCAUGAAUAUAUCGAAUGUUUAGAAAAACGGCCGUAGUCGGGCGACAGUGUUUACAGGAUAUCUUUUUUCUAUGCCAUGUGAUUAUCGCUCUCAAGGACUUCUCAAGUUUCUUUUUCUGUUUAGCGACCAAGACGCGCUCUUUUAUGCGUCGAAGCCGCUGACACUGCUUGCCUUGGUUUAGUCUUGCACGAGCAAGUGACGAAUUCAUUGUAGGUACAUAAUCUGCAUUGUGAUAGUUAUACUAAUAUGGGAGCUAUUGAACAAUAAGACGUGAAAGAUAGCUUUCUGUGUUUAUGGAAUGUUUAUACAUAUCAAGGCAGAGUAUGCAGGCACAGAAUUACAAUAUUGAAAGAACUAUGAAGGAUGCUGAAAUAUCUUUGCUUUCUAUGGAAUCUUCUAAACCCAUUUUUGUUGAGGAUCUGAAAAUAUUAAAAGAAGAAAUUAUUGCAAACCAAACUACAUUGCACAAUACACAACCUAUAUACCGGAAUUUACCUAAUAUCUUAAGAAAUAAUAACACAAAAAUAUAUAAAAAUAAUAAAGCGCUUAUGUUAGAUAACAUUGAUACUGGCUUUAUAACAAAAGAUAUAAAUACUUCUUUUGAGUUAAAUACAAUAUUAUCUAGCAUUGAUUUAGAAAUGGAAGCCAGUUAUAAUAAAAUUGCAUCAUCAAAAUCACAUCAUCAAAGGAAACAAGUACACAAUCCACUGGAUCUGUCAUAUGAUAUGCCUGAUUGGAAUAAUAAUAAAGAUAAAAGCAUAUUACAAAAAGUUAAUCAAUUAAAUACAUUGUAUAUUCCACUAAACUAUAAAAAUAAUGCAUCAUUAAAGAAAUUAAAAAGUAAUAAGCAAAAAGGAAAUUUGUGUAACAAGGAAUCAAGAAGAUUAAUAGGUCAUAAAUCUAGUUGCAAAACAAAAAAAAAGUUGUAUAAGAAAUUAGAUUUUGAUACUGGAUUAACUAUUUCACAAGUAAAUAUGAAAGAAAACAUUGCAGUGCAAGAUGUUAAUAAUUUAUCCAGUAACAUUAUACUUACUCAAUCUAUCUGUGAACCAAAUACUUCAAAAUAUGUAAACGAUUUAAAUGAUAUUGAAGCAAAAUCAGUGGAAUCGUCUAAUAUUUUUUACUGUAACAACGAGAAUUAUAAUUUGGAAAAAAAAUAUAACACAACUCGUAAUCCUAUUAUUUCUGGUAAUUCAACAGAUUUCGAUAUAAUGCAGAAUGAAAAUGUUUUCCAAACAAAUCUUAUAAAUUAUGAGUUUCCAAUAAUGGUAAAUGAUUUAAAAGAAGAGUUGAUAGAUAGAGACAAUGCUUCAAAUUUCUUAUUGAAACCUAAAGUAUUGUAUACUUGUACUUGCGCAAAUUGUAUGUCACAUGACAAAGAUAUUAUGUUUUAUGAAGAGCCAGUUUCAACCUCUAUAGAUAGUGAUAAAGAAACAGAACUUUUUACAUAUGAUUUUUAUACUGGUGAUUAUUAUCGUGAUAUACUUGGUGAUAUUUGGUUAGAAGAAUUAGAUAAGAAAAAUCUUUGUUAUGAAAAGCUUGAAGAGUCACAUAUUAUAAAGAAAAAUGUAUGUACUAGCAAUGAUAACAUAGCAGAUCUAAUUGAAAACAAUGCAAAUGUUUCAUCAAUGGAACAAAAUAAAUCACAAAAUUUACAAUCUUAUCAUAUUGGUAAAGUACAAGAUGUACAUGUAGAAUCGUAUUCAGAACUUGUUACACAUCCUAAUGGACCAAUACAUUUCUUUGAAUCUUUAGAAAACAUAAACAUUUUUGAUGAAAUGGAUUAUCUGAAUUUAGAAAACAAUUUAACGAAAGAAAGCAAAAUAAUUUCUCAAAAUGAAUCACUUAUUCAAACUGCAUUCUCAGCUGAUGUAUCUAUGUCCAAAUCCAAAGAAAUGUUAUAUGAAAACAAAGAAGAUUUAUAUGUUAUUCAAUGUGCUCAAUGUGGAAGAAUAUUUAAUGAAAAGCAUCAGUUCAGAAAACAUUUUACUCGCUGUAACUUUUACAAAGAGGAUUUCAAGUGUCAUAUUUGCAAUAAAAUAUAUAGACAUAAAUCAUCAUUAGCUCAGCAUCUGAGGCUUGUGCAUCAUAUAUUAGAUAAUUCUCAUGAAAAAUACUAUACUUGUAACAAGUGUUCAAAAUCAUAUGUUAGAUUUCGUGCUUUUCAAAGACACAUACUUCUUCAUGAUGAUUAAUAAGUGUGCAAUAUAAAACAUUAACGAUAAUUGAUUUCUAAUAUAACAUCUUUCUCUGUGGAGUGAUACAUUUUACACAAGUUAUGAAAAUCGCUCUUGAACAUCACAAAAAUACACAUUGGAAUUAUUCAUUCAGAAUAUUUAAAAUAAUUCCAGAUUUUUAUUAACAAUUUUAUAUUUUGAUAAAUUAGUACGUUUUAUAUUCAUAUUUAAUUUUUUUAUUAUUUUUGUUAUUUGGAAAUGUUUUUGUUUUUGUUUUCUUAAUAAUAUAACAUUUUUUGUUUAUAAAGUUUAUAUAUUAUAGCGUGCUUCUUUAUUUCUUAUGCAUCGCAGAUUCUUUGCUGAAAUAAAGUUUUAAGGAUAUAAUUAUAUAGCAGUGCUUUAUUAUUUAAUUAAUUUUGAAUAGACUAUUUUAAUAAAAUUUUGACUUAAAGCUAAGAGAGAGAGAGAGAGAGAGUAAAAAUAUAUUUAAUAUCAUAAAAUUAAAAUAGUUACAUAAAAAAAAGGAGAGAUAAACGAAAAUAAGACUUAGUUAUCCAAGAAAAAAAUGAAUUUUUAGAUUUCUCAAAGAAUAUGCGACUAAAAAGAAAUAAAUAAUGGUAAAUCAUAAUUAAUAUAAAACGGAAAAUAUUUUUAUUUAUAUUUGUUUUAUAAGAGAUUUAAAAAAUAUAAGUUGAGCAUAGCAGUUGAGUUGUGUAUAGCAUACUAAUAUUUUACUUAUAUUGAUUAGUAUUAUUUUGUUCCUUUUUGUGUUCUUUUUACUUAUUGAGAUAUAUCACCACAGUUUGAUAUACAUACUUUGAAUUUCUUUUCAUGAAGAAAUAUUAUAUAAUUGUAAGUUUAAAAUGUUUCUUUAUAUGUGUUCUUUUUAUUCGGGAUAUAUCAUUGAAAUAUAUUCUUUUCAUGAGGAAAGAUCAUAUAAUUGUAAGUGUAAAAAAGUUCCUUUAUAUGUAUUAUUUUUACUCAUUGAGAUAUAUCAUCAUAGUCUGAUAUAAAUAUUUUGACAUUCUGUUCAUAAGAGAAGAUUAUACAUAUACUUGUAAGACUAAAAAAUUUGGCGGUUUAUUUUAGAAACAAUCUGCCAUGUUAGUUUUUCUUUUAAUAUGUAUAAAUAAAUAACUAAUAUAAGUACAUACCAGUAUAAUAUAAGUAUAUACCAGUAUAUAUAGUAUUUUUUGUAUUUUUAUAUAUUCUAAUAAUUUAUCAGUAUUUGAUACACAUACAAUACAUUUAAUAAUAUAUAUAGUACAGC